CAGAACUUCCGACGAGCUCUUCACUCUCAGCCAAUCGGCGUUAGGCUCUCAUGUUUGCUUGCUUUUUUGAAUUCAGAGAGUGAGUUGAGCAGAGCCACCUAUCAAAUGAGCGUAUACAAUGGGAUUAAAAUUUCAGCUAAACUUAUUUUCGUAACUUAAUCGUAUUAUUUUGCACUUUGGGCAAACUUUACGUGUCAUUGCGACGACAGCGGUGUUUAUGUUUGCAAGCGUUAGUUUUAAUCAAUAGUUUGGCUAACAUAAACUCAGAUUGCUCAGCUGGUUCGGCAACCAGCUGAACUCUCAGUGUUUCUUCAUUCAUCAGAACAUUUUCCAGCACAAAUCUGGUCUAGAGCUUUAUACGCUCUUGAUAUUCUGGACAGGACUGGGUCGCCACCCCUUGUCACAGCGCCAUGGCUGACAGCAGCAUAGUUACUUUAGGGCCGGGCCGCAGCCUGCUGGUGGACUCCUCCGUUUAUGACUCCCGGAUGGCCGAGACCACAAAGGAGCAAUUUUUCAUGGGUCUACACGCAGACGAGACAGAGGAUGUAUUGCCCAGAGUUGAGACCAGGGUGGUGUUGGUGGGGGAGGCCGGCAACAUCGCAGAACUUGAGAAAGCCCUUCAGGCCAUCACAAUAAUGGAAGUCCCAGUGGUAAAGAUUAAAGAAGGGCAGCCGGGCACAGAGGCGCGUGAGAAAUUGAUAAAAUCUAUAGUCAAUAUGGAUAUAAACACCCCCUGUAUCAAGACUGACAAUGUCAGAGAUUUUGGUGAUGGCGAGAAUUGCGAGUUCGAGAAUGUGUUUGUGUUGAAAGACUUCCAGGCUCCUGAAUACAGCUUCCUAUACAAGAAUGACAGCCGUAUCCUGGGGCCUCCUGCCGUGAUGCACUGCGCCAGCAAGGGAGAGCCUUUGCCAUUCUCCUCCAGGCCUCUCUACUGUAUGACCAUGCUCAACUUGUCUCUCUGCUUUACCGGAUUCCGUAAAAAAGACGAAGUGGUUACCCUGGUAAAUCUCGUCCAUCACAUGGGGGGUACCAUCCGAAAAGACUUUGACAGCGCUAAAGUUUCACACCUCAUCGCCCAUUCAACCCAUGGUGAAAAGUACAGGUUGGCAGUGUGCAUGGGCACACCCAUACUCACCCCUGAGUGGAUACGCAAGGCAUGGGAGCACAGAGAUGACAUUAAUUUCCACGCAAGCAACGAGGAGUUCCGCACAGAGUUUAAAGUCCCUCCAUUCCAGGACUGCGUGUUGAGCUUUCUGGGAUUCUCUGAGGAGGAGAAAAUUAACAUGGAGGAGAGGACUCAGAAACACGGUGGACGGGUCCAGGCGGUGGGUGAUGAAAGGUGCACUCACUUGGUAGUUGAGGAGAACUCCAUUAAAGAACUGCCCUUUACUCCCUCGAAAAGACUCUAUGUUGUGAAGCAGGAGUGGUUUUGGGGCAGUAUACAAAUGGACGCCCGUGCUGGGGAAUCUAUGUACUCUUAUGAAAAGCCGGAGAGUCCUGCGAUGAAGAAAGCCGUGUCUCUGCUGUCUCUCACAACACCCAACAGUGGCAGGAAACGUCGACGUCUCAGAGAAACAUUGGCUCAGCUCACCAAAGAAACAGAGAUUUCUCCCUUCCCACCACGCAAGAGGCCCUCGGCUGAGCACUCCCUCUCCAUGGGCUCCCUGCUGGACAUCUCCAACACACCCGACACAUGCAAAUCCAGCGGAGAACUCAGGUGCAGGAGGAGCAGCGGUAGGCGGAGGAGUGCCAGACAGCGUAGAUCAGAGCAAGUGUGGCCACUGCAGCGUACAAGUACUCCUGUGUGCAGACAGGAAAACCAGAGAGAAGAAAGAAAAUCAUGCAGGUUUGGAACGAUAUACAGUAAGGAGAAUGCCAAACCCCCCAAAAGCUCAACUCCCGCCCUUCCCAAGCAGUCAGCACGAUGGCAGGUCUCCAAGGAGCUCUACCAGACUGAGAGCAACUACGUUGAUAUCCUGGCCACGGUCCUGCAGCUCUUCAAAUACCCACUGGAGAAAGAGGGGCAGGUGGGCGGCCCCAUUCUAGCUCAGGAAGAGAUCAAGACCAUCUUUGGCAGUAUUCCAGACAUCUAUGAUGUGCACACGAGAAUAAAGGCGGAUCUCGAGGAGUUAGUGAUGAACUGGUCUGAAGAGAGGAGCGUUGGAGACAUUAUCCUGAAAUAUUCUAGAGAGCUGGUGAAGGCCUACCCACCGUUUGUCAACUUCUUUGAGAUGAGCAAAGAGACCAUAGUGAGAUGUGAGAGACAGAAGCCAAGGUUUCAUGCGUUCCUGAAGAUUAAUCAGUCUAAACCCGAGUGUGGCCGUCAGACUCUCGUUGAGCUUUUGAUUCGCCCAGUGCAGAGACUGCCAAGCGUCGCCCUCCUGCUGAACGAUAUAAAGAAACAUACAUCAGAUGACAACCCAGAUAAAGUGACACUUGAAAAGGCCAUCGAGUCUCUCAAGGAAGUGAUGACACACAUAAAUGAGGAUAAAAGGAAAACGGAGGGACAGAAGCAGAUAUUUGAUGUUGUUUAUGAGGUGGAUGGCUGCCCUGCCAAUCUGUUGUCGUCACACCGGAGUCUGGUUCACAGGGUGGAGACCAUCGCUCUGGGUGACAAACCCUGCGAUCGGGGAGAACAUGUCACACUCUUUCUUUUCAACGACUGUUUGGAGAUCGCCAGGAAGAGACACAAGGUGAUAACCACGUUCCGGAGUCCAUUGGGUCAGACACGGCCGCCCGCCCAGCUCAAACACAUAGCCCUGAUGCCCCUGUCCCAGAUCAGAAGAGUCCUUGACAUCCAAGACACAGAGGAUUGUCAGAACGCCUUUGCCCUCGUGGUACGUCCUCCUACAGAACAGGAGAAUUUGUUAUUCAGUUUCCAGUUGACGGCCGAAGACACCCUCAAAUCUGCCUGGCUCAAAACUCUCUGUCGACAAGUGGCCAACACGAUUUGCCGAGCUGAUGCGGAAGAUCUUAUUCAGAGCACUGAUCCUGACUCCGUCCAAGUGAGCACAAAGGACAUGGACAGCACGCUCAGCCGAGCGUCCAGGGCCAUCAAAAAGACGUCAAAGAAGGUCACAAGAGCGUUUUCUUUCACUAAAACGCCCAAGCGUGUGCUUCAGAGGGCAUUUAUGGCCAAUGGUACCCCAGAUGAGAGGAGUCCUGGCCCAGAUGCCGAUCACAUGGGGCGAAUGUCCAGCAGCUCCACACUGGCUAUGUCUCGUUCAGCCUCUACGUUCAGUCUGAGCGGCUCUAUUAAAAGUGCAGUGGUUCAGCGGUCUAACUCUCUGGACCAUGCCCCGCGGCCUAGAGUCCCGAUGUGUGUCCGCACUCCGUGCAGUCCAGAGAGAGCUGAUGAACCAGCAGCUCCCGAAAGCCAGCUCAGACCAUCCAUCCUGUCCCUCCCAGCGGCUCAGCCCGUAGCUCAGUGCCGAGAGCUGCUGGCGCCCCCAAAGCCGCAGCGCAGGUUCCCUGGGUCCCCGCGGCGGGAGACCCUCCUGUAGGACUCUUAAAUGCUAGUCAUUCCCCAUCCAUGAUCAACCUCUCCUCUGCCUUUGAGAGGAAGUACCAUACCUUCAGCAGAUCCACAACUCACCUGAUCUGAACUUUGCAUCCUCCACUCUACAGUAUUGUAAUUAAUUCCACACUAUGGUACCACGUCCGCCCAACGCCUGUAGCCCAUGCCCCCCACUUGGGUUUAAUUUACAGGUCCAAAACCCACCAAAUGAAGGAACGGCUUGUGUUGAUGGCAAUGUCUGGGCGCAUUUAAUUAACAUAGAGACAUUUAUGUAACACAUUCUGAUUUUAUUAGAGUAGAGUUUUCACACAAUUAUUAACCACUGAAAGUAUUUCUUAAUGUUUUAUGAGAUAAUCUAAAGUAAUCUAGUUUUCAGCUUUUAUAAAGCUAUAGACAUCUGGCCAUUGCAUUUAAGUGGACAUGCACUGCGCUACCACAGUAAUGCAGCCUUGUACUUUUAGAAGUGAUUUUUAUUGUUGAUUCAGGGGUAUUGGUUUCUAAAAGUCAAAAGAGUUGUUGCGGUCAGCCUGCCAUAUUUAUUCUCCGGAAUCACUUCUAUAAAUGUUUAUGUAAAUCCUUCUUUCUGUCUCUAUUUAUGUGUAAAUAUUGUAUUUUUCCACUUGUGAUUGUCAUACUAGUAACAGUUUGUCUCUGUAACUUUCUGGAGUCUCUGCACUUACGUCAACACUAACAUUAACAUUACUUCACGUGUAAAGCAAAAUUCACUUUUGUUUGUAAACGGGAUUCAUAUGUCCUUGCCUACUGCAGAUUUGUUUGGAGUGGGUUUGUUUUAUGUUAUUGGUUUGACUACUUUUGAAGGUGACUUCAUUUAUUCUUUAUCAAUAAAAGAAGCAUAAAGCCUU